CAGUGUUGUGUGACUGCGAACGUAUAAAAACAAUUUUUCAACAAAAACUAAACAUAUAGAUAAAAACUAAAAGUCCGAGCUGGGCAACCUCAGAAAAGGAAACGCCAUCAUGUACCAGGAAUAUCUAAAUCAAUUGCAAUCGUCACUCUUUCCGAUGAACUCGGACCAACUGAAAGAGCUGCUCAACAACGAUGACAAACUGGACGAAAAGGUGGACGAAGUUCUCGAAUCGCUGAAAACACAAAAAGUCCGCUUCUUCGAGGAGAAUCGCAACAGAGCCGAAAAGAACAUUGAGAAGGAGCCAAAAAUCAUUGAGCUGCGCGGCAAGUUGGCCGAACUAUCGGAGGAGGGACGCACCAGCUGCGCUGCUGUCCAGGAAUUGCUGUCACAAAUCAAGGAGAAAACUGGAGGCGUCAGCCAGGAGACCGCGUUGGCUCUGCUCCAGACAGCCGCCUCCGAGAGCGAGGAGAAAACAGAAGAGAUUGUGAAAAAGUUUACCGACAACGAGCUCAACGUGGAAACAUUUCUCGAUGAGUUCCUGACCAGUCGACGCACAAUGCAUCUGCGCAAGCUGAAGGCCGAGAAAAUGCAGGAGCUGAUCCGCAAACAGACGGCUCCGCAGCGUCACAGCACGGGCGGCGGGGGAAUGCCCGCCUAUGGCAACCUGCCUGGCACUGGCGGCGGCUUCUAUCCCAAUCCACACAUGGCCGGUGCAGCCAAUGUGCCCUAUCCAAUGAUGGGUCCCAUGAUGCCCAUGCCGCCGCCGCCAAGACCCUACUGAGAGUUAAAUGUAGUUCUAAUUAAGCCCGAUUCGGAGACGCUGCCGAAGCUGCCAUCACAACGAGAAUGACUCAUCCGAGUGCUUUGUUUACAUAU